GGCAACUUAAUUUCCUACUUCAACACAAAUCGUAGUUUGUGUGAAGAAAAAUGAGCUCUAGCGAUGUAACAGGCGAGAGAUCAUUAGGAGGAGGCAGACGCAAACGAAAGAGCUCUAAAACGUCGAUGGUCGAGCCAGACGACGCAGAAGACUCGGAAGGAAGAGAUCCCUCGGAUGGUGAUGGAACAGAAAAGCAAAGAGAGACUCACAAUCAAAUCGAGAAGCGAAGACGAGAGAAGAUGAACACGUAUAUCAACGAGUUGUCGGCAUUGGUUCCUGAGUGUGUACAGACGAACAAGAGAAUGGAUAAACUGACAGUUUUGAAGUUGGCUGUUCGGCAUCUGAGAGAGCUGAGAGGUAAUCCAUUAGAUGAUGAGCAGCUGCAAGUCAAGCCACAAUUCUUGGCUGAUGACGAGUUGAAGUAUCUGAUAUUAGAGGCGGCGGACGGGUUUCUGUUUGUUGUCGGGUGUGAGCACGGCAAGUUGAUUUACGUGUCGGAUUCUAUUAGUCCAAUUCUGAAGCAAUCAGAGCAUGAUUGGAUGGGCAAAGAAAUCUAUGAAGUCAUCCAUCCUCGUGACGUCGGAAGAGUGAAAGACCAACUGGUUGUCAACAACGUUUCCUCCACCUCAGAAGCAACCGACUCCAAAAGUCAGUCACAUUUGGCUAGCGGCAGUCGUCGUUCGUUUUUCUGUCGUAUGAGAUGUGGUGCAAGUGUGAGCAAUCGCAUUGAAGAGCAGGAUUGUGAUGUGGUAUCGGCAUCUGCUGCCGAACAAGUUUACUAUGUUGUUGUUCAUGUUACUGGCUACAUCAAGCCAUGGCAGAUGCCAUCAGAUAUGACCGACAUGGACGACACAGAUGCUGGUGACAUGUUGUGUCUUGUUGCUAUUGGACGACUGCAGACGACGGUGACGAGUCACAUGGAGACGGACAGUGUUCCUGUUGCAAAGGAGUUUAUGUCACGUCAUGCGUUGGAUGGCAAGUUCAGCUUUGUUGAUCAAAGAGUAAUGGAGGUGCUGGGCUACAUGCCACAAGAACUGGUUGGAUCAUCGAUGUACGAGUUUUAUCAUCGCGACGAUGUGCCACGACUGGCUGAAGAUCACAAAGCCGUGUUAAACAACAUGACAGCUGAGGCUGUGGAGAGUACGUAUCGUUUCAAGAACAAGUCUGGUCAGUGGGUGUGGUUGAAAUCAAAGUUUCUCGGUUUCCGCAAUCCGUACACACAGCAGCUUGACUACAUCGUGGGACAAAACUUUCUUGUGUCCAGGGAGUCCAUAUCUCAAGCAUCUCUCCAGACAAAAUACAGUCUCCCAUCACCAGGAACACUUUCCGCAGGAUCGCUACCCGACAGCUCAACACUCGAAUCUCCAAUCGUCUCUGUGACUCCCAGUCCUGCCAGCGCACUACGGGAUGUCACUCCACCCGUCGCUCAACCGUCACCAAAUUCCAUCUGUUCACCUCACAGGCAGCCAAACGGACUCGGCCACAGUCAGGCAAAUGGAUUGAGCUACAAUCAGUCGAAUGGGUUGAGCCACAAUCAGCAUCAGUCGGUGAUCAGAGAGGCAGACUGCGAGGUUGAGAUGAUGUCGACUGCGUUAUCUCAUCAUCAGAGUCCUUCGUUUGUGUAUGGAUCGCUUGCAAGUGAUUUGCCGUCGCCGUCUAUGGGAACGGUGGCGUCACCGCGAGGUGCGAUUGCACCACCCGUGUAUGCUUCUCACAGUCAGGCGAGCGGACUCGUACAAACGACACAUCAACAGCACUUUCAACCACAGCAACAACACUUUCAACCACAGCAGCACUAUCACCAGCAACACCACCACAACCCCCAUCACCAUCAUCACCCACAGCAACAGCAGCAGCUACAGCAGCAGCCGAACGUACGACGAGUGACCGCCGGUCAGAUGGUGAUGGGUGGUAGCAUCCAGUUUGGCAACCUUGCACAGGGACAGAUGCCUAAACCGAUCCACGUCACGACGUAUGGCUCCCACGCUCAACAAGUGGCUCCCACGCUGCCGACCUCGAUGCUCGACUUCCCACCAAUGCAUCAGCCAUACUCACAGCCUCAGUUUCUAUCACAGCCGCUCUACCAACCAUCGACUCAGACGCCGUCUCCAUUUCCAUGGGAACCGGAUGAAACCAUGGACUCUCUUGUGUCAUCACUGUUUCCCACCUCGAGCAGCAUCGAGCAACAGAUGCCUCCGCAGCCACACAUCCACAUGGGAGUUCCACCCGGGAUGCCUGGCCAAUACCAAAAUCACAGCUAAAUCAUGAUUCACUGAUAUAAAUUAGAAUUAAAUACGGGAUUUGUAGUUAGUUGGUAUUUCAUAAUCCGGAAAUUUAAUGUAUGUAUUUCUAUGUCACUAUCGGUUUUCUGAACUUUGAAAAACAAUGAAAUGCGUGCGAUAGUUUAGUUUAAAAUGUGUUUGUAAUGUUUUAGUAUUUGACUUUAA